ACAGAGAGAGGAGUGUGUGUGGAUGUACUCGCCUGCCUCGCUGACUGACUGACUGUGUGUGUGUGUGUGUGUGUGUGUUUGUGUGUGACAGAAAUAGGGGGAGGACGCGUGGAUACUACUCCACAGGACUGAAUGUGUUUGGCGUCAAGGAGAGACCAUACAUACAUCAAAAAAGAUCUGCUCAUGCAGUGUAAUUGGCCCAUUUAUCAGAAGCAGCAGAAAACCCUCAGAGCUGCAGAGUCACAGAUGCAUUAAGAAUGAAUCUGUUGGACCCGAGGAAGAGGGGCAGAGAGUGAGGACGAGGAGGAGAGGGGAAUGGGUCAGCACCAAAAGAAGCUCAACUUAAAGGAAUAGAGAAAGAGUUGGGCGGAUACAAAGUGCUGACUGAACUGCAGGCAGACACCAGGGCUGAGUGCGGAGGAGUAAGCAGACAAGGCAGAGCACACGAAAGGACCUGACUGACAGCACCCAUGGCGAGCAAUAACACGGCCAGCAUCGCACAAGCCAGGAAGCUGGUGGAGCAGCUGAAGAUGGAGGCCAACAUUGACAGGAUAAAGGUGUCAAAAGCAGCGGCAGACUUAAUGUCAUACUGCGAAGCCCAUGCCAAAGAGGACCCUCUGUUAUCGCCAGUGCCAGCAUCAGAGAACCCAUUCAGGGAGAAGAAGUUCUUCUGUGCCAUCCUGUAAACUCGGCAUGGCCCUUCAGCAGUCUGCUCAGUGUGGGACUUUGAACGUGGACGUUCCAAAUACGUAAAAUCUUCUAGUAGGAGGGCAGGAAGAUUAUUGCCCCCUUGUUCUCGAACGGCACCUAAAGAGUGCAAAAAUUAAAUCCCACAGAGUUUACAUGUUACCAUUUAAGGGGUUGUGAUUGUGAUUUUUUUGAGCGGUGUUGAAGGGGUCUGUGUUUUUAGAGGACACAAAAGGGAUGAUGAUGAUGAUGAUGAUGAUGAGUGUGAUGAUAACCCUGUGAGGGACAACCAGUGAACCUACCAAGUCUUCAGGUUGUGAGGUGUACAAAACGAAAAAUAGAUAAAAUGAGAAUAAAAAAUAUUUUGUGGUUCUUUUUGGGACUUCCAGAUGUUCUGUUAAAAGGUUUGUUGGUGGGUCGAGCAAAAUACGCCUACCACUAGCCGCCACCUGAUUAUUAUUGGAAUGUUUUUUUUUUGUUGUUGUUUGUUUAUUUCAACUUUACCUAUCACCUAGAUAUCUUUCAAUAACUGUACGUGAUUACUAAAACAGCUCUUUUUUUGUUUAUACACCAACAGAUUAGUGAAAGCUUUUUAUUGGGAUGUUUUGAAACAUUCAACUCUGUGAUUCCUCUUUAGAAAUACCUGUCUGAAAAUCAGUCUCUCUGUACCAAACAACUAUCUGGCAAAUGUGAUGCAGUUUGUCUCCUUCAGAUACAAAACCCUCUUUCUACUGUUUGUAUAAAAUGACUAGCAAGUAAACUGUGCUGUGCUGUGAGUUCUGAAUGUUUGUGUUUGUAUCAUUAAGUAUUGCAUGAACUGGACAGUCUUCUCUAUUUCCUUUCAUGUGGAGUGAAUAGUGCCAAAACAUAUUAAAACAAGAAUGAUUUAA